AUGGAAACGAUUAGAAAAGAUCGUGAGCACAGCUCUGGUAUCAGUUUGGUUGGUUUAUAGUCCUUUUUAGAGUUGCAACUCAAUCCUAAAGUUUGCGUAUUUAGUAUUAUUUUGUCUCGUUUCUCUUUGUAUAGCUCCUAGUGACGGGCUUGAUUUUACAUCUCCUUUCCUUCUUUUCAAUUUUCAGACCUCAAACAGACCAGACCAUCUUCCUCAGAUAGACCUACAGAUCAGACCAGCAACCAGACAGCCAGACUAGUCGGGCAUUGGACCCGACCAUCAGAUCCGAACCCAGAUCAGACCACUACCAUCCGAAUGCCAUGCCAGACUGGCAGACUUCACCACCUAAUCAGCCCCUCAGAGCAAACAGCCACCUUCCAAACCAGACCACAAUCAUCC